CAUGCCUUAAUUCUACAAUUUUCUCUCGAAAGUGACAAAAUCGACUAUUGGACUUCUUUUUCCCCUUCUUUGAGCUACUUUAUUCAGCGUUUAUCUAAAAGUCUUAAAAACGAUUAUUUCUGCUUCAAGAAGCGUAUAAGAUUGGAGAAACUACCGAUCCCAAACUCCUCCCUUAAAAAAAAAAAACAAAUAAAUAACUGUUAGCUUAUUCUCCAAACAAGUCCUUAUUUAAAACGCCACUUGCCUCAGCCAAUAUUUCCACAACAAUCAUCUCUUUCUCUCAUAUUUAAUUUUUCGUUGCAAAUUUAAGAAAAAAACCCUGAAAUUGCAAGCUGCAAAAAAAUUAAAUAAAAAAGAAACCCUAGUUUCUCCAAUGGCGAGACCUAAUCAGGAAACAAUCGCGACUUUCAUCAGCAUCACUGGGGCAUCCAAAGCUGUUGCCAUCGAAAAGCUUGAGGAGCAUGGUGGUGAUCUCAAUGCAGCUGUAAAUGCACAUUUUAGUGAAGGAGACAGAAACACCACACAGCAAAUACCAACUGUAGUUCCUGUAGAUGAUGCUAUGGAUAUAGAUGAUCCGAUUGAAGUUGCACCAAACAGUCCAGUCCUUCCACUUCUCCCAGCAUCUGGAACAAUGAACCGAUUCUCAAUUCUUGAUCCAAACUCUCAUAGAAGUUUCUCUGAUGGUGCUUCUGCUUUUACAACUUGUGAACCAUUGGUUACACAUGCAAGAGAGGCAAUAGAGGUGCCGAUAGAGGAUAAAAGAGAGGCAAGAGAGGUGCCGGUAGAGGUUAAGGAUAGGAAUGAGCCAUCAGGUCAUUCUGGUCACGCUCCUGCCAUUGAGGGUGUCUCUGAAACUGCACAAGCACAUGGCCUAAAUACCAAUGAGACUGUUAUAAUUGAUGAAGUGGAUGAGGAUUCAACUGUGCAGCCAAGAUGGCAGAAUGAUAACUCUCAUGACCAACGUGUUACACCCAGUGCUCCCCCCUUUGAUAAUUUGCCAGGCUAUGGCAAUGACAUUGAAGAAGAAAUGAUUCAAGCUGCCAUUGAGGCUUCAAAACGGGAUGUUGAGGAGUUAAGUGAUCCUGGGCCUUGGCACAAUCAAUCUCAUUUGGAGGAUGCUGAACUUGCAAAAGCAGUUUCAUUGUCCUUGAAGACAGCAGAGCAAGAGAAGGCAUUACGUGAGCAGGGUUGUUCUGCUGGAACAUCAGAAGCAGAAGCUUCCAAACCAGCUGAGGUGCAUCUGGGGAGCAUAGCAGCCUCAAAUGGGAGGUUAGCAGAAGGAAGCUCUUCCAUUCAAGAUGAAGCUGAAGAUGCAGAGCAGCCUCCAGUUAGGCACAGGUCCAGGCGGACAUCAUCUGGCUUGAGGGAAUCUGCAAAAGAAGUUGGAGUUGGUGAGGCUAGCCCACCAUCAAGUCCUGGACUGCAAGGCAUAGGCCAUCUCCCACUGAACAAUGGAAACAACUUCCCUUCUGAUGAGUGGGGAGGCAUAUCUUCUACGGAGCAUGAUGAGGCAGUCAUGCUUGAGGCUGCAAUGUUUGGUGGCAUCCCUGAAAGCAGAUAUCGUUUUGCAUAUGCACCUCAUCAUUUCAUGCAAUCUGAGGGCUCCAAUCUCUGGCGUACCCCUCAUCCUCCAUCACCCUCUGUGGCAGCUCAACGCAUGAUACGGGAACAGCAAGAUGACGAGUAUAAUGCAUCACUGCAAGCUGACAGAGAAAAAGAGUUGAAGGCAAUUCAAGAAGCUGAAGCUCACCGUUUAGAGGAGGAAGCAGCUAGAAAAGCUGCUCUUGAAGAAGAAAAACGAAAGGAGGAAGAAUUUCGCAGGAAAAUGGAGGAGGAACAGGAAUGUGAGAGACAAUUAGCGGCUAAAGAAGCUUCUCUGCCUCGGGAGCCAGCAGCCGAUGAGGAAAAUGCUGUAACCCUUCUAGUGCGAAUGCCAGAUGGCAGUCGCAGGGGCCGUCGAUUUCUGAAGUCUGAUAGGCUGCAGUCUCUGUAUGACUUCAUAGAUAUUGGUAGAGGAGUCAAGCCGGGCACUUAUAGAUUGGUGAGGCCAUAUCCAAGGCGUGCUUUCAGUGAUGGAGAGAGCAGUUUGGCGCUGAAUGAACUUGGCUUAACCAGCAAACAAGAAGCCCUAUUUUUGGAGUUGAUCUAAUAACAUCUAACUCCUGCACGAAUAUUGCGGAAAGAAAAUUACUCAAAAAUUUUAGAUUAUUUAAAUUUGAAGAAAUGCGUGCAAUUAUGGAAUUUCGUAAGGGUUUGUGUUUGGUUGAAAUACAUGAAAUUUCAGGAGUGGAUACAAUUAAUCUGACUGGAAAUGGUCAGUAUUUUGCUUUUUAUUGGUGUUCAAUUGAUUGAAGGGAAUGUAUAGUAUAUAUUAGUGAUUUAUGAUAUUAUAAAUGUCAGGUUACUUCUCAUGAUGCAGAUCAAAUCAUGUGUAUUGUUUCUGCGUUCAUCAGUUCUCUGCAAGUUAAAAAAAACCUGUUAUGAGCUGAGCCUGAUACUUUAAAUGAGAUAAUGUUUUGUGGAAUCUGGAUACUUUCCUUUUCUUUAUA